CUACUUCUUCUUCCGAGUCGUGUCAGCGGCUGCAGUUCAGAUCCUGUUGCUUCCUGACCCUACAGAGAGAGUUGUCUGUCACAAUGGCGUCCAUCAUCACUGUCGUCGUCAGUCUUGUCCUGGCGACCAUGGUCUCCGCUGUACGACAUGUGCCCCCUUAUCAGUCACCGCCAGCAUCAUUCAACCGACCACCGCCGCCACCACCACCGCCACCAGCGACAACAACCAAGCCCAUCCCUUAUAAGCCGGAACCUUACAAGACACUCUCAGGACCUGCUGCGCGCCCCUACCCCCCUCUCUACAACUCGCAAUACCAAGAUGGUUCUUACAAUGGAUAUCAACGGGAUGGCUACAACAAGCAGCCUUACGAACAGCUGCCUUAUGCUGCCAAGUCGCCAUCACGAUUCGAGGACGAAGCUGAGAAUGAUGUAGUGGACAGACUGUUUGCCGCCGCUGACAGCCUGUAUUCACAACUGGAUUUAGCUGCCCAGAGUUUGGCUAACCUGGACUCCCAAGGAAGUUUGCAGACGAAGCAGAUAACGCAGCUGACGGUCGUGGACCUGCCGGGCUUGGAGGAGAAGAACAUCUUGCAGGACAGUCAGCUGGACGAUCUGGAAAAGAAGCUGGACAUUCUUGAAAAGCGCCUGAGUGAUCUGGAAGCCACGAUGGACAAGGUGGAGGCUCUGAAUACAGAGAACACUAAGGACAUCAAGGAGCUGGACAUCGCUCUGGCCAAACAGCAGUACAUCGACUCCAAUCAAGUGGGCGCCAUCGCCAGGCUUCUGUCGGCCGCUCAGAACGUGCAGACCCAACUGCUGAUUAUCGUCAAAAACUCUUUCACAUUGCUGGGUAACGACAUCAAGGAUGUUGUUGGGUCGCUGAAUGCUGUCCUCACCUUUAAGAAGUCCAGAAUAUGCGAAACCGGCGUGACUACCCUGACUAAGACUGAUAGACGCAGUGUCAUCACCUUUAACUCAGACUUCGGCCAGACAGUGCCUAAGGUUCUGUAUGGUAUUUCUGGUUUUAGGUAUAAAUUCGAAGUCGAACAACGGCUGAAAUAUUCUCAGUCGGGUUACGGCUCGCUGUACGACAAGUCCUAUGGUCCAAGGUAUCCUCAGUACGGUUCCCUCCCAUACAGAGAUCGUGAAGCUGGAAGUGUAGGUAGCCUUGUUUACGUAUUAGCCACGACAGAGGGCCUAACAGUCGAACUUCUCGAUCAGUCGUUCGACGAUGCUGAACUCGAGGAUCUGCAAGUGCCGUGGCAGGUGUGCUCCAUCGGGCCUGGAACUCAACUCGCUUAGUAACCUCUGACCUCUGACGGACGGCUUGCCAAGGAUACCGAUAUGUCCAUGCGGCUGCAUGCUGGGAAGUUUUGCAUAUAUACUGAUAGUUCCAGACUGAUGACUUAGAUUGACCAACCGAGAAGAAAAAAAAAACUACUUUGAAUUAUUGCGUAUUAUCUCAAGUCAAUCGUUCACCUUCAGAGAAUGAAACCACAGAACACCAACGCAAGUUAAAGUCGCUAUUCGUCCACGAACAUCACAAAUAAGGACAAGAUCAGCAUCUCAAACGUAAAAGAAUAGUUUAUUUGCAAAGUAAAAUCUCACAGACACAUCAUUGGUCUGGAUGUACAGCGACUUACACUUCAACAGUCAAUACUUACAGCAGCAGCACCUUGGACGAAAUCUAAUGUCUUUUUCAGUUUACUCUGAAUAAUAAAAUGAAAACAAUAUAGCAAACUUUCAA